UCUCUCUCUCUCUCUCUCUCUCUCUCUCUCUCUCUCUCUCUCUCUCUCUCUCUCUCUCUCUCUCUCUCUCUCUCUCUCUCGUUACAUACUGGAGUCUCUACGCCGUGUAUGUCACCUGCACAGGUUGGACCAUGGAUUUUAGACAUUUGAAGUUUGCAAAGUUUCUCAGAUUUCAAUCCGUGGGAAACAGUCGAUGUACGUCCAUCUGGAAAGGUUAGGGUACCUCCACUGCCUGCCAAGGUGCGAACGAAACGUCUCCUUUCUGCUAAUGCAUGGCCUCAAUACAACGUUUUGACGACCAUGCACAGACCCCUCCGAAAGUGGAGUUUCUACGUCUUCCUGUGUCUUGGCAUCAUUUACACAAGACUUGGGGCCCUGUCCUCCGUGGUGGCGCUGGGAGCCAACAUCAUCUGCAACAAGAUCCCGGGGCUGGCGCCUCGCCAGCGGGCCAUCUGCCAGAGCCGGCCCGACGCCAUCAUCGUGGUUGGCGAGGGCGCCCAGCUGGGCAUCAAUGAGUGUCAGUACCAGUUCCGCUACGGCCGCUGGAACUGCUCGGCGCUAGGCGAGAGGACGGUCUUCGGUCAGGAGCUGCGAGUAGGCAGUCGGGAAGCGGCGUUCACCUACGCCAUCACGGCGGCGGGCGUUGCCCACGCCAUCACGGCGGCCUGUAGCCAGGGCAACCUGAGCCAGUGCGGCUGUGACCGGGAGAAGCAGGGCUACUACAACCAGGAGGAGGGCUGGAAGUGGGGCGGCUGCUCGGCCGACAUCAAGUACGGCAUCGAGUUCUCCCGCCGCUUCGUGGACGCCCGCGAGAUCAAGAAGACGCAGCGCCGGCUCAUGAACCUGCACAACAACGAGGCGGGGAGAAAGGUUCUAGAAGAGAGGAUGAAGCUGGAGUGCAAGUGCCACGGCGUGUCGGGCUCCUGCACCACCAAGACCUGCUGGACCACGCUGCCCAAGUUCCGGGAGAUCGGCUACGUGCUGAAGGACAAGUACAACGAGGCGGUGCACGUGGAGGUGAUGCGGGCGGGCCGACUGCGGCAGCCCACGCACCUCAAGGUCAAGCAGGUCCAGGGCUACCACAAGCCCAUGGAGACGGACCUGGUGUACAUCGAGCGCUCGCCCAACUACUGCGAGGAGGACGCCGCCACCGGCAGCGUGGGCACGCAGGGCCGCCUGUGCAACCGCACGUCGCAGCACACGGACGGCUGCGACCUCAUGUGUUGCGGGCGCGGCUACAACACCCACCAGUACACCAAGGUGUGGCAGUGCAACUGCAAGUUCCAGUGGUGCUGCUUCGUCAAGUGCAACACGUGCAGCGAACGGACGGAGGUGUUUACCUGCAAAUGAGCGGCGGCCGACGGGGGGGGGGGGCGGGGCGAUCGGCG